AGAGCCCUGCCGCGACGGUUGGGUCUACGAGGACGGCGUCUUCGCCGACACCAUCGUCACCGAGUGGGAUCUGGUGUGCGAGGCCCGGAGCUGGCGGCAGGCGGCGCAGUCCAUCUACAUGGCCGGGAUCCUGGUGGGAUCCGUCAUCUUCGGGAUCCUCUCGGACAAGUGGGGACAUGGGGAUGGCGUUCGGGGACGGGCCCAGGCGUCCGGGCGCCCACUCGCCGCCCCCGCAGGCAUGGAGUGGAUCCCCACGGAGCUGCGGGCCACCGUGGGCACCGUCAACGGCUACUGCUACACGCUGGGCCAGUUCGUGCUGGCGGCCGCGGCCUUCGGCCUCCCGCGCUGGCGCCACCUCCAGCUCCUCGUCUCGUUGCCCUUCUACCUCUUCUUCCUCUACUCCGGAGUCGCCCGCGUCAACGGCCGCAAGGAGGAGGGCGACAAGUUGGACCUGGAGGUGGGGAGCGGAUCCCGACGGAUCCCGACGGAUCCCGACGGAUCCCACCCCUUUCCUCCCCCUGGAUCCCACCCAGAUCCCUCCUGGAUCCCGACAGAUCCCACUGAUCCCCCAAUCCCACCGGGAUCUCCCCACUCCCUCCGGAUCCCCUAUCCCGAUCCCUCCGGAUCCCCCGGGAUCCUCCCCGGAUCCCACAGGCUCUGCAGGCCCUGGCGGGGCCGGCAGCACCGGGCGGCAGCCCCGGGCGCCGGAGGCACCUUGGGGACCCUGGUCCGGACCCGCGGCAUGAGGAGCAUCUCCUGCGGCGUCGCCCUCAUCUGGUUCUCCACCAGCUUCGCCUACUACGGGUUGGCCAUGGACCUGCAGCACUUCGGUGUCGACGUCUACGUGACCCAACUGGUGUUCGGCGCCGUGGACAUCCCGGCCAAGCUGCUCUCGGCCCUGGCCCUGGGCACCCUGGGGCGCCGGGUGACCCAGGCCGGGGCCCUCGGCCUCGCCGGGAUCUGCAUCCUCGUCAACGCCUGCGUGCCGAGCGAGCGGCGGCUCCUGCGCUUGGGCUUCGCCGUCGUGGGGAAGGGCUCCCUGGCCGCCUCCUUCAACUGCGCCUACAUCUUCACCGGGGAGCUCUUCCCAACCGUCAUCAGCCCAUCCAUCCAUCCACGCAAUCCCUUUCGACCCACCCAUCCCCUUCCCAUCCACCCAACCCCUUCCCAUCCUCCCAACCUCUUCCCAUCCAUCCAUCCACCCAACCCCUUCCAUCCACAAAACCCCUUCCAUCCACCCAACCCCUUCCCAUCUUUUGGGGGCCAUUUUCCAGGGGGAUUUGAGGCGUUUUCUGGGAUUUUGCGCCAUUACCCACAUUUUGGGGCUGUUUUCCGUGGUUUUGGGGCUGCUGCCGGAUCCAAGGCCGCUGCGGAGACGGAAAAGGAGCGGAAAAGCCGGAGCGGCCGCUUCCGCGCUCAUCCCGAGGCGCGACGUCGGAAAAGGGGGGGGGAGGAGCUCGGAGCAGCAGCGAAGCCGGAGCACGGGAGGAUGAGGAGGCCGAAGCAGCGCGUUUUCCCACCCGACUCCGGAAAAGGCGACUCCGACUUCCUCAUUGGGAAUUAG